AUGCUGUCCUUCAGCGUACAACACGCCGUCACCUGGCUGGGGCUCCUAUUGGGGGCGGGAGCCUUCUAUCUCUUCUCCGUCGCCAUCUACCGCAUCUUCUUCCACCCUCUCGCCAAGUAUCCCGGCCCUCUCAUCGCCAAGCUCACGGAUGGCUACCAGCUGUACCACGCCUGGAAGGGCGAUCGUCACCUGCAAUUUUGGCGACUGCACCAGAAAUACGGCAAGGUUGUCCGCUACGGCCCCAACUCUCUCUCCUUCAGCACCAACCAGUCCCUCAAGGACAUCUACGGCUUCAAGUCCAACGUCCGCAAGGCCGAGUUCUACAACUCCUUUGCCCACCCCGUUGCCAACACCCACAACACGCGCGACAAGGACGUCCACGCCCGCAAGCGCCGCGUGCUGUCUCACGCCUUUUCCGAGAGCGCCAUGAAGGAGAUGCAGCGGUACAUCCUCAACAACAUCCGCACCUUUUGCGAGCAGAUUGGUAUCCAGGACGGCACCAGCGACUCCAAGGGAUGGACACAGCCGCGAAACAUGGCCAACUGGUGCAACUACCUUGCUAUGGAUAUUCUCGGUGAUUUGAGCUACGGCAAGGCGUUUCACAUGCUGGAGAGCCCAGAUAACCGCUUUGCCCUGGAUUUGGUUGAGGCCGCCACUACCAGGCAUCUCCUUUGCGGCACCAUGCCCAUCGUCGACAAGCUCAAGUUUGACAAGAUCAUGUUCCCCAAGCUGGCCGCCGGACGUGCCCGCUACAUGGCCUACAGCAAGGCUCAGCUGACCGAGAGAACCAAGCUGGGUGAAGAGACGGACCGCCGCGACUUCUUCUACUACCUCCUCAAGGCUCGCGAUCCCGAAACCGGCCAGGGCUUUUCCACCCCCGAGCUGUGGGGAGAGUCCAACCUGCUCAUCAUUGCCGGAUCCGACACAACCUCGACUGCCAUGGCUUCCACCCUGUUCUACCUCACCCGCAACUCCCACGCACUGAAGAAGGUCACCGAUGAAAUCCGAGGCAAGUUCAACGACGUCGAGGAAAUUGUCCAGGGCCCCACCCUCGCAUCAUGCACCUAUCUGCGUGCCUGCAUCGACGAAGCCAUGCGCAUGUCUCCCUCUGUCGGCGGCAUCCUCCCUCGUGAAGUCCUGCCCGGUGGCAUCACCAUUGACGGCGAGGUCAUCCCCGCCGGAAUGGUCGUCGGAACCCCUCACUACAACAUCCACCACAACGAAGCCUACUACCCCCAGCCUUUCAUGUAUGCCCCCGAGCGCUGGAUCAACGGCGCCGUCAACCCUGCCACCCAGAGGACCACGACCGCGGACGACGUCGCCGUGGCCCAGAGCGCCUUCUGCCCUUUCAGCAUUGGACCCCGUGGCUGCAUUGGCAAGGGAUUGGCUUAUGUCGAGAUGACCCUGACGCUUGCCCGGGCCUUGUAUCUCUACGAUGUGAGGAGAGCGGUUGGCGUUCAGGAUCCUAGCGAAGGCCGUGCCGACCUGGAAUGGGGCCGACACCGUCCUGAUGAGUUUCAGCUGGCCGACAUCUUUACCAGUGCUAAGAAGGGGCCCAUUGUUGAGUUUAGAUUGGCCGAGAAAGCUUAA